AUGGGGCUCGACAACGAUGCCCGGGGGUGGAUCAUGGCUGCGGUGAGCGGCAUAGCAUCGAUCAUAUGCGUUGAUCUGGUGAUCCGGCUGCUGCCGGGGAAGAAGAAUUUUAAGAUUGAGGAGAGCAAUAUAUUCUUGUCGACGGGGUUGAGUUUAAGCUUUGGGGUCAUGAUCUUCUCCGCGCUGUACAGCAUGUUGCCGUCUGCUAGGAAUUAUUUGACGAAAGGGGGGCUGAGCCCGAAGGUCGCGACGUUGGUUCUGAUUGCGAGCUUCAUGGUUGGAGCGCUGGGGAUUGCGGUCGUGUCGCAGGUUCUGCACCGAUUUAUUCCGCACUCAGUUGUGGAUUGUGACCACGACCACGGCGAUGAAGAGGAGGGCAAGGCGGACGACGAUCAUGCAGGGCACGACCACUCGCCAUCGAGCAGUAGGCCCAUGGAAGAGCAGUGGAACAGCGUGCUCGAAAACUCUCAUUCUUCCUAUGGAGGCACGGACCACCACGGGUUCCCAGCCAGGAGACCUUCGUUGCACACGCAAAUAUCAACCAAAGUCACGCAACUCGUGACCGGCUCGAAAGAGUUUUGCGACGAAAACGGGAAGUGCUUCGGUUACUCGGACCCGUGUGGGAACGAGUGCUUCCGGAAUGUCCAGCACGAUCGAGUCCCGCGAUUUCACUCGGCGUCAACCAAGAUCCCCACUCGGCCAUCCGGCUCAAGGACCCAGACUCUCCCCGCCGAGCGCCAGCCGCUCCUCCAGAGCAUCACGAACCUGCAAGCUCUUGACGAAAACACGCCCCUCGCACCCACCGUCUCCGGUCCCGCCACCACAGAGACCACCUCCCACACCAACCCUUCCCCCAUACACGCCAACGGAAACGGCACCCCUCGCCCUCUCACCAAACAGUCCAGCCAUUCCUCCCUUGUCUCCCACGCUUCCGCCACGCACCACCACCACGUCCCGACCAACGCCUUCCUCUCCAUUGGCCUCCAAACCUCCAUCGCCAUCGCGCUCCACAAGAUCCCCGAGGGCUUCAUCACCUACGCGACCAACCACGCGAACCCACGCCUCGGCGUGUCCAUCUUCCUCGCGCUCUUCAUCCACAACAUCACCGAGGGCUUCGCCAUGGCGCUGCCAUUAUACCUCGCCAUCAACUCGCGCGUGAAAGCCAUGUUCUGGUCGACCAUCUUGGGCGGCGUAUCGCAGCCGCUCGGGGCGGGGGUUGCGGCGCUGUGGUUCAAGAUUGCGAAGAGGCGCGCGGGCGAGGGGGAAGGCGAGCCCGGGGAGCUGGUGUAUGGGGUCAUGUUUGGGGUGACUGCGGGGAUCAUGGCGAUGGUCAGUCUGCAGCUGCUGGGGGAGAGUCUGGAGCUGACGCACAGCCGCAAACUGUGCUUUGCGAGUGCGUUUGCGGGCAUGGGGAUUCUGGGGGUGAGUUCGGCGCUCACGGCGUAG